UGUGACAUAUAUGUUUUUUUUGGUCACAAAUCCAUAGAUGACUAUUUGACAAAACUUUGCGAAAAUGGUUGGGGCGCUAGUGAGGAUAAAUUUUCUUCAAAAACAUUUUGCAUGUUCCAGUCUGCCUGUUGUAGCACAACGCCGUUUACAGGGCACGGCUGCGCCGCCGCCAGGAACACCACCUCCGCAAACAAGAACUAAGUUUGGUUCACUGGCCGAUCAAGACCGUAUUUUCACAAAUUUGUAUGGACGUCAUGAUUGGCGUCUAAAAGGAGCACUUAAACGUGGUGAUUGGUAUAAGACAAAGGAAAUCUUGUUGAAGGGAUCUGAUUGGAUAAUCAAUGAAUUGAAAACAUCUGGUCUUCGUGGACGCGGAGGUGCCGGCUUUCCUUCUGGUAUGAAAUGGUCUUUUAUGAAUAAACCAUCGGAUGGACGUCCCAAAUACUUGGUUGUGAACGCUGAUGAAGGAGAGCCAGGUACAUGCAAAGAUCGUGAAAUUAUGCGCCAUGAUCCUCAUAAGCUGGUUGAAGGUUGCUUAGUUGCUGGCCUUGCGAUGGGCGCACGUGCUGCCUACAUAUAUAUUCGCGGUGAAUUCUACAAUGAGGCUUCCAACAUGCAGUUGGCUAUCGCCGAAGCAUAUCAAGCCGGUUUAAUUGGAAAAAAUGCUUGCGGCUCUGGAUAUGAUUUCGAUGUAUUCAUGCAUCGAGGUGCAGGCGCUUAUAUUUGUGGCGAAGAAACUGCAUUAAUUGAAUCGCUUGAAGGCAAGCAAGGAAAACCUCGACUAAAGCCCCCAUUUCCAGCUGAUGUUGGUGUGUUUGGGUGCCCCACCACUGUAAAUAAUGUGGAGACUAUAGCAGUUGCUCCUACAAUAAUGCGACGAGGAGGUGCUUGGUUUGCAAGUUUUGGCCGUACUCGUAACUCGGGAACAAAAUUAUUUAAUAUUUCUGGUCAUGUCAACAAGCCAUGUACAAUUGAAGAGGAAAUGUCGAUCCCACUCAAGGAAUUAAUUGAACGUCAUGCUGGUGGCAUUCGAGGUGGAUGGGAUAACUUACUUGGUGUAAUUCCCGGAGGCUCAUCUACACCCGUAAUCCCCAAAAAAGUUUGUGACGAUGUGUUAAUGGAUUUUGAUGGUCUAAUUGCUGCUCAGACUUCAUUGGGAACAGCUGCGCUUAUAGUUAUGGAUAAGUCUACAGACAUCAUUAAGGCCAUUGAACGUUUGACUGCGUUCUAUCGUCACGAAAGCUGUGGGCAAUGUACACCAUGUCGCGAGGGUAUUAUAUGGAUGCAUAAAAUAAUGAAGCGUUUUGUUGCCGGCAAUGGUCAACCCGAGGAAAUUGAUAUGCUAUGGGAGAUAUCCAAACAAAUUGAGGGUCAUACAAUUUGUGCUUUAGCUGAUGGUGCCGCUUGGCCUGUACAAGGACUUAUACGGCAUUUCCGACCUGAAAUAGAAGAGCGAAUGAAGAAAUAUGCUAAUAGAGCAAUUAACUAAAUAAAGUUAUUAAAUUUCAAUAUCUCUUUAUAAAUGUACUAGUUUGCAUAUUUUGCUGGUAAAAAAUAUAUGUUAUCCUCAAAGGAGCUAUGUUAAAUGA